GGGGUGGGUGGGAUAAUGGAUUGUGAAGUGAAUUAUAAAAUGUCAUCAAAUAUGAUGAAUAAAAAGAUUUGGAGUAUGUUGUUGUUAGUAGUGAUAUUAUGUGGUUGGGAGAUAAAAAUAGGGAAGGGAGAGGUGAGUGAAUCAGUUUGUAGAGAAGAAAGGAGGAUUGGUAAGAAAGCAUGUCUGCCUGUAUUGUUUGGAAGUAAUCCAUUAGCGGAAUGCUGUGAAAGAGUUAGAGUCACUCAUUUGGAAUGUUUUUGCCCAAUUCUUACUCCCAAAUUGGCUGCCAUUCUCAACCCACGCCGACUCAUUCGCAUUGCUAAAGGCUGCGGACGCACCAUUCCUCGCAACUUCAAGUGCGGAAGUAUUACCAUUCCACCUUAAUUCUGGGAUGCAUGUUUAAUUAAUUGUGAUAUUAGUACUAUGCUCUGCAUAAUUAUGGUAUUCAGUAAUAACUAAGGGAAACAUGUGUUGUAUUUCUUUUUGUUACUAUGGACCAUUUGGAAUAAGUCAUGGUUGUUAAGUAUUGUUUCUCAAUAUAUCAUAGUAUGAUGUUGUAUUGUACGUA